GCAUCUGUUUGGUUCCGCCAAGCCAAGGAGAGACCUGGUGCCUUGGACGCCCGAAACAGACGGCCGCGACUUGGCUGGGCUCGAGGACACAGAGCGAGGGUACGCAAGGCAGACGGUGCAGAUUGGCAAGCACGCGCGGCCGUGUGGCACCCCAACACCGUUCGACAUGGACUACUACAGCACGGUAUUGGACAAGGACAGCAUCCCCGCCAACAAGAGAGAAGAGGCGGACGAGAUCGCCCGUCAGAUCGAACAAGGGAUACAGCACUCGGAGGUCGAAGGCGACAUCGACUACGACGAGGAGGCGCGGUUCAGCUCGGUGUCAAAGCCAGAUGAUGUGGUCCAGUCCGUGGACGAGGAGCGCCGGUGGGACCCAGAGGCUGGAGCCGCACUAACCAAGGAGGAAAUUCGCCGGAAAUACUUAGGCCAGUUCCCUCUACGACAGAUUCGCGUGUACUGGGAAGGCUGCGUGAAAGCUGGUGACUCCAGGGAAUGA